AUGGCAAUGAGUUCUGUGAUCCCAGCCGCUGAUGUCUGUACGUCCGAGGAUUCACGCGGACUGGGCAGGUGUUGAGUAACAUUACAGUAGAUUAGUAACUUAGUGAAGACUGUUGUUCAGAGGCAUUAGAGGCAGUGGAUUUCAGCAGUGACCGAGUGGAAGCUGUAGUGCUAGUAGAGUAUGUUAGUGCCCUAGUGGAGGCUGUGUUGACAGUUUAACCGCAGUGUGCCUCCACCGAUUAGACCUGCUGUCGCUGACCUGUUAUUUCGCAGUGGGAAAUUGCCUUUUAACUCAAGACCCCUAGACAACCCUACAGGCUUGUUCCUGUCACUGGGAGUAUGUCCACCAUGGUGUACCCCUGUGAGGAGAAGCUGGAAAGACUAACACAGGAGGAGAUCAUCUCCAGCACCAAGCUGGUGAUCCAGGGGCUGGAGGCACUGAAGAGUGAACACAAUGCCAUUCUGCACAGCCUAGUCGAGACCAUUAAGUGCCUGAACAAGGAUGAGGUAGCCUGCCUGGUGCACGAGAAGUCCUCACUGCUCCGCAAGUCUGUGGAAAUGAUAGAGCUGGGUCUGGGUGAGGCACAGGUGAUGACAGCUCUGGCCAACCACCUGAGCACGGUGGAGUCAGAGAAGCAGAAGCUGCGGGCACAAGUGCGGCGGCUGUGCCAAGAGAAUCAAUGGCUGAGGGAUGAGCUAAGCAACACUCAGCAAAAGCUGCAAAAGAGUGAGCAGGCUGUGGCUCAGCUGGAGGAGGAGAAUAAGCACCUGGAGUUCAUGAACCAGCUGAAGAAGUAUGAUAAGGAUGCCUUGCCAGCGCAAGAGGAAAAAAAUGGAGAAGCAACAAAAGAUGCUCUGGAUGAUCUGUUCCCAAAUGAUGAAGAGGAGCAUGAACAAGGGACAUCUCACCAGCCCAGCAGCGCAGCGUUGGCGGCAGCCAGACGGGGUGGCUAUGAGGUUCCAGCUCGCCUUCGAGCACUCCACAACCUGGUGAUCCAGUACGCCAACCAGGGCCGCUACGAGGUAGCUGUGCCACUCUGCAAACAGAUGCUGGAGGACUUGGAGAGGACCUCAGGCCGUGACCACCCCGAUGUAGCCACCAUGCUCAACAUCCUUGCUCUUGUAUACAGGGACCAGAAUAAUUACAAAGAAGCUUCUCGUCUCCUUUAUGAUGCUGUGGCUAUCAGAGAGAAGACUCUGGGUGAGGAGCACCCCUCGGUGGCUGCCACACUAAACAACCUGGCAGUGCUUUAUGGGAAGAGGGGAAAGUACAUUGAGGCUGAACCGCUGUGUAAGAGAGCUCUGGAAUUGAGGGAAAAGGUGCUGGGUAGGGAUCACCCUGAUGUGGCCAAGCAGCUGAAUAACCUGGCACUGGUGUGCCAGAACCAGGGCAAGUAUGAGGAAGUGGAGUACUACUACUGCAGAGCCCUUGAGAUCUAUGAAAAAAGGCUGGGCCUAGACGAUCCCAAUGUUGCUAAAACAAAGAACAACCUAGCAUCCUGCUAUCUGAAACAGGGCAAGUACAAAGAGGCCGAGAUUUUGUACAAAGAGAUCCUCACACGGGCCCACGAGAAGGAGUUUGGAAUAGUAGAUGCUGAAAACAAACCCAUUUGGAUGCAUGCUGAGGAGAGGGAAGACAGUAAGGGAAUAGCAGGUGAAGGUGCUCAUUAUGGAGAACAAAUGGGCUGGUACAAAGCAUGCAAGGUGAACAGCCCUACAAUAAACACUACUCUACGGAAUCUUGCAGUUCUGUACCGCCAGCAAGGCAAAACUGAAGCCGCAGAUAUGCUCGAAGAGUAUACCCUGAAAACCCGGAAACAGGGAGCAGUAGUGGAUCCUCUAAAUGAUGCCAACCGGAGGAGGAGCUCUUCUCUUUACAGUGUGAAGUAUGAGCCUGGAGAUGAUGGCAGUGUAGAGUGGAAUGGGGAUGGUACUUUGAGAAGGAGUGGUUCUCUGGGAAAACUGCGCGAAGUGCUGCGUAGGAGCAGUGAAAUGUUGGUGAAGAAACUGCAGGGAACCAUACCCCCAGAAUCACACAACCCCUACAUGAAGAGGGCUGCUUCACUGUCUUACUUGAACAAGAGUGGAGAUGAUGAUGCUUUUCAGAGCGUAGGAGCAGGCAGGAGGCUGAGAGAGAGUCGACCGCUGAGCUCCAGCACAGUGGAGCUGUACAGCGGCACCGGCCAUUAGAAAACAUGUACACUGACACAAAUUCACAAAUUUUACCCUUGCACAUUUUUUUCCUUCUGCACCAUUUUGAGUAUGGUUAUGUUUGGAUAAUGAAGCAAAACAUACAGCAGCUUUGUGUAGUCCUCCUUUUCUGUUGUUUUCUAAAUCUUUUGUAGUGUGCAAUAUGAAACCAGAUGAUAGUGAAAUUUUAAACUGAACCUUCAUCAUUAACCAUUGUUAAUAAUGAAAGCAUGUGAAUAUAGAAACCUUUUGAAAUGUAAAGCAUAGCACAUAGUCUCUUUUAUGAAACUGCGAUUGUUCAAGCAGGCAGAGUGUAAGUAGCUCUUUGAUGGUUAUGUAAUAUUUAUGUUCAUUCUUAUGCAAAUGGACACAAAUCCCCACUCUCACUGUUUCUCUCCCAUGAAUGUUCGCACCUUUCAGUGAAGCUUGGCCCUACAGAAAAAAUGCCAGUGGUGACCAUGCCUAGAGUCAUGGUUAUCCAGAAACACUUUUAACUUUAGUUCAAAACUGUGUGUCUUUACUUCUCAGCAUUACAUCUGGGUUGCAGUGCAUUUCUUCACUUUGAAUUUAGGUAGCUUUAUUGACAUGAUGUUAAAAAAAAAUUUUACUUACAUGUUAUUGAAUGCCCCAAAGGUCAAUGUAUUUGUGACUUUAUAUGGGUCUCUAUUAAGUGAUCUGUUCAAGUAUAAUUUGGUUGGAAUAAGUACACUUAUGUUUGUACAUUGUGCCAGGUUUGUAGUGCCAUUAUUGUAUGGUACUUCUUGUGCCAGAAUGAAGUAAUUGUAAAAGUAAAGUAAAAAUUCCUGUAAUACGGGAAAAGAUAUUUAGGCUUGCCUAGACAUAAGUUUAAAUUUCAGAAUAUGCAAUUAUUUUACACUGCGUAUAACUGUGUUUUUAGCCUGUUGUAAUGCUGUACUACUCAGGGUUGAGGGUUACCUAAACAUGUUGAUAUUCAAAAAUGCUUGAGUGCCUUUGGAAGAAUUCCUGUUAGAAUGUAAGAUUGCUACACAAAUGCUUGCUAUUGAGAUUUUUAUUGAUUUGAAUUCAAAUAAAUCACAAUAUUUGUGUUUUUA